UCCGAGCUCAACAAGUUAAAAUCCUCGGCUUUCCACGUAAUGAUUAACAUGGUGUGAGAGAGAUUUAAGGCCUCAUGGCUGUAGCGCCUAUGGCCAAUCCAGCAAUGCCAUUUCACCCUUUCUCGCCUUCUUUCCCUUCAAAUUCCUCACGUUUGCGGUGGCUUAAUAUGACUAAGCCUUCAUUUCCUGUGUUUUCAUGCUCUUCUGCUGCCUUUGAUGAAGCCCCACCUGCUCUGCUUAGGACUGAAGUGUCCCUUUCUGUUGGAACUCACCUUAUCCCACAUCCAGCAAAGGUCGAUAAAGGUGGUGAAGAUGCUUUCUUUGUGAGCAAUCACAAUGGUGGGGUUAUUGCCGUUGCCGAUGGUGUUUCUGGGUGGGCAGAGCGAAACAUAAAUCCUGCUGUUUUUUCACAAGAACUGAUGGCUAAUGCUUCUUGUUUAGUAGGUGAUGUUGAGGGUGAUCCUUGCCUCCUACUCGGAAAAGCACAUGCAGCUACAUCCUCUAUAGGUUCCGCGACUGUAAUUAUUGCUAUGUUGGAGAAAAAUGGAAUUCUUAAGAUUGCAAAUGUUGGGGAUUGUGGUCUAAGAGUUUUACGUAAAGGUGAAAUUGUACUUUCCAGUUCUCCACAAGAACAUUACUUCGAUUGCCCAUUCCAAUUAAGCUCUGAGAGUGGUGGCCAAACCUAUGAAGAUGCUGCGGUGAACAUUUUGGAAGUAAUGGAGGGAGAUACAAUUAUAAUGGGUUCAGAUGGAUUAUUUGACAAUGUUUUUGACCAGGAAAUCAUCUCUACAGUCUCUGAAUUUGAUGGUGCAUCUGAAAUUGCAAAGGCUCUAGCCAACUUAGCAUGCAAGCAUUCAGGAGACAAGGACUUUGAGUCCCCCUAUUCCUUGGAGGCUAGAAGUCAGGGGUAUGAUGUCCCACUGUGGAAGAAAAUUCUCGGCAUGAAACUAACAGGGGGCAAGCCAGAUGAUAUCACUGUGAUUGUGGCCCGAGUGGUUAGAGAAGGCUGAGUCUUGUGCAGAGAAGGGGUUUCCUUUCAUGAAAGUUUGUGGCCUUCUUGCUACUAUAAUGGGUAUGGAUACCUUGACCAUCUAUAUGACUUCUAUGCAUGUUCUUUGAAGUUGAGAGAGAGAGAGAGAGAGAUGCUGGCAGUGGCUGAUGACUUCUGCAAAUGUGAUGAACAACAUUCAUCGUAACCGGCAUCCAUCAGGCCACUCUAUGAUGUAGCUUUGGAACCCAUAUUUCUGUUCUCCUAUAACUUAUCAAAUUCAUUGCAUUAUUUUCUUUCUAUUGCAAUAUUUAACAUGAAAAUUUAUGAAUAUGGCGAUUACCAAUU